AUGUAUGAGACACAAGAGCUAACUUUCAAAGGAGGAAUCGCGUCUUUCCAAGCCAUCAUGCAUAUCCUAUCAGAACUCCGCAACCCCCUCUUCAACGCACCUGACCGCCAACGCGCUCUAAGAGCCCUCCAGAUGUCUCGUAUCCUCCGCGAGAACAACAGCGCCAAAGCAUGGCAAGCAGUCAAAAACAUGAUCGACAAGGCCGUCUCAGAACAUAAUCUCUCGCCAAGAGGGCCACCGCAGCCAUCGACUACCUACGUCAGCCAACCCAUCGUGCCUUCCAUUCCCAUGCCGCUGAACAACAACGCACCCAACAGCAACACGGGCGUAUAUCCGGCAAUGCAAGGCAUCCCAAGCUACGCCUACCAAAACCCGUCUGCAGCUUACAACCAACAAAACAUGCCAGGACCAUCUCAACCAGAACCCAUGCAGACUCAACCCGACUUGCUGCAGUCUAUGCAGUCUAUGCAAGACAAUGCGCCUUGCUGGGAUGACAUCAAUCUCAACAACAUCAACAACAUCGUAGGCGACGUACAAGCUAGCACGGAUGUAAUCCCCGACUUUGAUUUCGUAAGUGACCUUGACAUGCUUAGGUAG